UUCUUUGCUGUGACACUACUGAAGGGGGUCAGGCUAGUGCCAACCUAAUUAUGGAUGAGGGGGAGUGUAAAGAAAUGGAGUUUUUGGAAGACUUGUCUGUGGGCAUGGACACGUUUAUUCACCGCAUUGACUCCACUGAGGUUAUCUACCAACCGCGACGGAAACGUGCAAAGUUGGUGGGGAAGUAUCUAAUGGGUGACUUGCUGGGAGAGGGAUCCUAUGGAAAGGUAAAAGAGAUGCUGGACUCUGAUACACUGUGUCGCCGUGCUGUGAAAAUUCUCAAGAAGAAAAAACUGCGUAGGAUCCCCAAUGGAGAGGCGAAUGUUAAGAAAGAAAUCCAGCUACUGAGGCGCUUGAGGCAUCGCAAUGUGAUCCAGCUUGUAGAUGUUUUGUACAAUGAAGAAAAGCAAAAGAUGUAUAUGGUUAUGGAGUACUGUGUGUGUGGAAUGCAGGAAAUGCUGGAUAGUGUACCAGAGAAGAGAUUCCCAAUCUUUCAGGCGCAUGGUUAUUUCUGCCAGCUUGUGGAUGGUCUGGAGUAUCUUCAUAGUCAGGGAAUUGUGCAUAAAGACAUCAAACCUGGGAACUUGCUGCUUACAACAGACGGGACGCUUAAAAUCUCAGAUCUAGGUGUUGCAGAGGCCUUACACCCAUUUGCUGAGGGUGACACGUGCAAGACCAGCCAGGGGUCUCCUGCUUUCCAGCCUCCAGAGAUUGCAAAUGGCCUAGACACAUUCUCAGGGUUCAAAGUGGAUAUCUGGUCAGCAGGCGUGACCUUGUAUAAUAUCACUACUGGGCUGUACCCCUUUGAAGGGGAUAAUAUAUACAAACUGUUUGAAAAUAUUGGAAAGGGAGAUUACUCAAUACCUGAGGACUGCGGGCCACUGCUGUCUGACCUGCUGAGAGGAAUGUUGGAAUAUGACCCAACCAAGAGAUUUUCAAUACAACAGAUUCGUCUUCACAACUGGUUCCGGAAGAAGCAUCCACAGAUGGAUCCUCCUGUCCCCAUUCCCCCUAGUUCAGAAACCAAGGACCGUUGGAGGAGUCUGACAGUUGUGCCUUACCUGGAGGAUCUGCACGGGUAUAGUGAAGAUGAGGACCUCUGUGACUUGGAGGAUGAAAUCAUCUACACACAAGAUUUCACAGUUCCAGGGCAGGUACCUGAAGAGGACAUGUUUGCACAGACACAGGGCAGUGCUGCUACCAAACAGCUGUGUAUGAAUGGCACAGAAAAUCAGCUCAAGACAGAGAGGAGAGUUAGUUCUGCAUCCCAGCGCAAGGCCAGCACAUCAGGGGGCAAAGUACGCAAGCUAUCAGCCUGCAAGCAACAGUGAUGUAGGAGUCUUCUCUGCAAGUGACCCAGUCCUGCAGGCUCCUCCCGGUCUCUGUUCUGAGAAAUUCUGCCCAACAGAUGCUACAGCCGAAAUGCUGCAGACAAGAGAACUUCCCUUUUUAAUUGUUUUGCCCCAUUUCUCCUCUGGACCUCUAGGACUUGCGCAGUGUCCAGCAUCUGCUGCACUUUAUGACUUGAACUUAAUUCUGGCUCCACUUCAUUUUGUCUGGCUGUAUACUACAUGUAAUAUACUUAAGAGGUGGAGGUCCCAUCAUGAGCCCUAUCUGAGCCCUCAUACACAAUAAAAAUGCAAAGUGGGAAGGGAAAAGGAGGACAAAACUCCUCCAACCAAACCCAGCUGUUGUGUGUGCAUCAGGAGAAACAGAGCCGUGUGUUUACGAUCACAGGUUGUUUAUUUUCUCCUUUAGUGAUUAAACGUUUAUUUGGUUUCCACUAGAUUGGUUUCUGAGCAUUGGUUUAAUCUCCGUACGCUGACAGGGCAGUGCUUUUUGGCAGCUGUUUAAAUAUGUAUAUAUGUGGUCUGUUGUAAAUGUACAAAUGAAGUUGAACAAUUAUACUUAAUAGCAUUUUCUCAAUGUUUGCUCCCCCCUUUUCACAUACACACAGUGUACACUCAGACAAUUACAAUAUGCGGUCUUAUUUUAAUAAAGGAAAAUGCAGAGCAGUAGUGGAGAGAGCACAAGUAACUCCUACCCGUCACGUGCUACAUUUGAAAUACAAGAGCACAAAGGCUCCAUCUCCCA